AGAGGGAGGCUGGUGGGAUUACACACAAUGGACUUGCCUCUGGCUCACAAAAAAACACUAAACGUUUAUACCUAUGGCAAAGUGAACUGGUUUUGGCAAGCGGGAACCGUGGGCGGCUCCUUUAAGGGCAGACAGUCCCGGAAUGAGAGACCGUGGAUCCUACAGUGCAGUGUGCUUCGAAUGGAUAUGGAGAAAAUGUAACGGCGCGGCCGCUAGCCUCCUAUAUCUGUCUAACCGCUCAUCGAGAAUACAGAUAUGAAGACAAUUAAUACAUAUUAUUGGACUUGAUUGGAGAACAACAACAGCAAUAACAACAAACAACAGAGCAAGGAUUGGCUCCCAGACAUCAGCGUAGCGCCAUGCAGUGAGUCGGACAUCGAGCCUCUCCAAGGCGGGUUGGCAUGGCCCAGUGAUGAACGGUGCGGCGGUGCCCGGCAGCCCGGAGUUCUCCUCCUCAUGCCCACUGCCCGACUGGCGAGAGUUCUGCGAGCUCCAUGCCCGUGCCUCCGCCGCCGACUUUGCCCACAAGUUCCGCCGCUUCCUGACGGAGAACCCGUGCUACGACUCCCCGGGCGCCGACAACAGCUUCUCGCAGCACUUCGCCAGACACUUCCUGGAGUGUUUCUCUGCUGCUGUCACACAGGCCAAGGACCACCAGGCCUCGCUCUUGCCAGGGGACGACGACUCCAAUGCUCCCCCCAAAUACAGCAUUGUUCCCUUCCUGGGCAUCCAGGGCUGCCUUCUGCCCUACGGACACAACGACCUCUACCAGCGGCGCAAGGAAGCCGGUGCCUCCAGCGAGUCCCUGGACAGUAUGGACAGUGGAGGUUUAGGAGUAGAAGGGAUAGGAAGUUCCUCCUCCAUGGCUAUGGCCACCUCGCGCACCCCUCAGCCCGCCCACAAGCCCUCUGCUCUGGGCCAGUCACGCAGCUCAGAGGACGUGUCAGUGGGACACCCCAAGGCCCGCUUCAAAAAGGGAUUCUCUCUGAGGAACAUGAGUCUGUGUGUGGUGGACGGGGUGAAGGAGAUCUGGCACCGCCGCGCCUCCCCUGAACCAGAGCCUGUCGGAGGGUCCGGAGGGGUCAGACGGGCCAACGGAGGAGGAGGAGGGGAGCAUGGGGGGGAGAGAUGGUCCCAGAGACUGCGUCUUCCCAGGGGGUCUCAGGGGCACAAGGCUGAGCUGCUGGAGAUCCAGAGAGAGGGGGCUCUGCGUUACAUGGUAGCUGAUGAUACUAACUGUAUAGGGGUGCCUCAGUGGCAGAAGUGUAGGUUACUGCUGAGGAAGACCAGGAGGGACGAAGGGGGUGACAAGUUCCUGUUGGAGUUCUAUGUGCCACCCAAGUCGUCAAAGCCCAAGGUGAGCAUCCCUCUGUCUGCCAUCGUGGAGGUGAGGACCACCAUGCCCCUGGAGAUGCCUGACAAAGACAAUACCUUCGUCCUGAAGGUAAGGGUGGACAAUGGUGGUGAAUAUAUCCUGGAGACCAUCGACUCGCUGCAGAAAACCUCCUGGGUCGCUGACAUCCAGGACUGCAUGGACCCUGGGGACAGUGGAGAUGACAUUGAGCUGGAGUCAUGUCCCCACGGCCAGGCAUCUAAAGAGUUCUCCAUGGUGGUAUCCUGCAGCUGUGAGCUUCUGUCAGAGGGUGUCCAUCGUGUCGCUGACAAAUCCUGUGGCUCAGCAGCAGCAGAACUGUAUAGCGCCCCCUCUGUCCGCUGCAGAGAACUACCCUUCACCCAGCACCCUUCCCAUGUUCCCCUGGAGAACUUCCUCCAGUCCCCAGAGGCCCAGGAGAAAAGCCCCACCACAGAUGAGGGAGCGACCGAGGCGGAGGCUGACCCCAGCCUGGCAACCUACCCAUGGUUCCACGGGACGUUGUCACGCGUACGGGCGGCCCAGCUGGUGCUGGCGGGCGGCGCUAGGAGCCACGGGCUGUUUGUGAUUCGCCAAAGCGAGACGCGGCCGGGGGAGUACGUCCUCACCUUUAAUUUCCAGGGAAAAGCUAAGCAUCUGCGUCUGUCGGUGAAUGGUAAGGGCCAGUGUCAUGUUCAUCAUCUGUGGUUCCACACCGUGUCAGAUAUGCUCAGGCACUUCCAUGCCCACCCCAUCCCUCUGGAGUCAGGGGGCUCCGCUGACAUCACACUGCGUUCCUACGUACAAGUACAGGGCACCCCCACAGAAAGAUAUCCCGUCUCUCUCUAUUGCUCUCACACAGAUGGGACCAUGCCUCAGCUCCCAACCCCACCCAGGGACCAAGGCUGCCGUGCUGACCCAGCCCAGCCAACCCUUCACCUCCCUGGGGUCUCACAGCCGGCAGGGCCCCCCUCCGACACUCAGCUCUCCUCCAGCUCCUCAUCCUCACCAACCGCUCUUCCUUCCCUCUCCCGUGGUGAGCCAGGCAGCGGAGGAGGAGGAGGAGGAGGAGGAGAAGAAGGAGGAGGGCUGGUUAGCAGGAGCAACAGCUCAGAACGUCUGCUAGAUCCCUCUAGUGGUGCCUCGGAGGACUACCAGGAGACAGACGGAACACGCAGGGCCAGAGCUGUGGAGAACCAGUACUCCUUCUACUGAGACUGGGCGCAACCAAACCCGGGAGCUCUCAUUGGCUGAGACACAGGAAGUGCAGGGAUUUGGACCCAAUAGGUGAAAGGCCAUGGAUGGCUGGGGAGUGCUGUGUGUGGAUGGACAUGGCUCACUAAUUAUCUUGUUUAUUUUCUUGUUUGUUUUCCAAGAGAUGUGCUGUUUCUCCAAUGUGACAAGGAAGCAUAUUAGAUUGUAUGCCAGUCUGUGUCCACUUAGCCGUUGGCUUUUUGGCCACCCUCAUCAUCAGCUGACAUUAAAUAUAUGAAGAAACUGAUGAUUUAGUCUUGAGUGUGAGGAGAGAGAUGAGCGGGAGGGAUGGAUGGAGAUGGAGAGAUAGAUGAGGGAGAAGGAGAGAGAUAUGAGAGGGAGGGAGAAGGAGAGAGAUAUGAGAGAGAGGGAGGGAGAAGGAGAGAGAGAGAGAGGGAGGGAGGGAGAAGGAGAGCGAUGAGAGGGAGGGAGGGAUAAGGAGAGAGAUGAGAGAGAGAGGAAUGGAGAAGGUGAGGGAUGGGGGAGAGAGGAAUGGAGAAGGGGAGGGAUGGGGGAGAGAUGAGAGGGAGGGAGGGAGAAGGAGAGAGAGAUGAGAAAGAGAGGGAUGGAGGAAAGAGAGAGGAGAGAGAUGAGAGAGGGGGGGGGAGAAGGAGAGAGAGAGGAGGGAGAGAUGAGAGAGAGGGAUGGAGAUCGAGAGAGAUGAGGGAUGGAGGAGAGAGAUGAGAGAGGGAUGGAGGAGAGAGAGAUGAGAGAGAGGGAGGGAGAAGGAAAGAGAGGAGGGAGAAGGAGAGAGAUGAGGGAGGGAGGGAGGGAGGGAGAAGGAGAGAGGGAGGGAUAAGGAGAAAGAGAUGAGAGAGAGGGAUGGAGAAGGAGAGAGAGAGGGGAGAAGGAGAGAGAUGAGAGAGGGAGGCAGAAGGAGAGAGAUGAGAGAGAGGGAGGGAGAAUGAGGGAGAAGGAGAGAGAUGAGAGAGGGAGGGAUGGAUGGAGAAGGAGAGAGAGAUGAGAGUCAUGAGAGAGGGAGGGACGGAGAAAGAGAGGAGAGAGAGAGGGAUGAAGAAGGAGAGAGAGAGAAGAAGGAGAGAGAUAUGAGAAAGAGAUGGAUGUAGGAGAGAGAUGAGAGAGAGGGAUGGAGAGAGAUGAGAGAGAGGGAUGGAGAAGGAGAGAGAUGAGAGAGAGGGAGAAGGAGAGAGAUGAGAGAGAGGGAGAAGGAGAGAGAUGAGGGAGAUGAGGGAGAGAGAUGAGAGAGAGAUGAGAGAGAUGAGAGAGAGAGGAAGUAGUCCAGUGGAGGUUUUGAUUCACUUCACCAGACCACUUCCUGUCCUCCCUACCCACAGUUCCCUAAGAACAAAGCCUCUGUCACCGCCCUGCUAAGUGAUCAAGAGGUGAAGCGACCCUAAAUAAAUGGUUUUCCUCCCCAGGCCCUCCUGAGCAUAUCUCUAAUGUUUGUGAAGCUGCUUCUAGUCUGUCCCGGAUAUCCUCACUGUCCCCAAGGGGACUCACAAGUACAAAACGCUUUCUUCUCCUGUUGCUUUGCAAAGAAAUGAAUGAUAAGGGUGUGUUAGUGUUAUUUGAGAGAUGGAUAUUUUCUUAGUGUCAAAAGAUCUUAGUGCCUGUCAGUCACAAAGGACCUUUGACCUGAUAUGAUUGUGACUGACUGGCCGUCUCAUUGGCCGUGAUGACAUCAGGUCAGAGGGAUGAAACAUGCAGGGUUGGGGGUCAAUUCCGAUUUGAAAUUCCAGUUCAUUCCGAAAGUAAACCCAAAUUCUAAUUCCAAGUUGUCCUCUUAAAAAAAAAAAACAUUAAAGAGAAUUUGGAAUUUCCAAUACUUCCUGAAUUGACUGGAAUUUCUAUGGAAUUGAGUUGAUAACGUGAUCUACUACCAGAACCCAGCUCAGCAUUCCCGAUAACGUGAUCGACUACCAGAACCCAGCUCAGCAUUCCCGAUAACGUGAUCCACUACCAGAACCCAGCUCAGCAUUCCCAAUAACGUGAUCCACUACCAGAACCCAGCUCAGCAUUCCCGAUAACGUGAUCCACUACCAGAACCCAGCUCAGCAUUCCCGAUAACGUGAUCCGCUACCAGAACCCAGCUCAGCAUUCCCGAUAACGUGAUCCACUACCAGAACCCAGCUCAGCAUUCCCGAUAACGUGAUCCACUACCAGAACCCAGCUCAGCAUUCCCGAUAACGUGAGCCACUACCAGAACCCAGCUCAGCAUUCCCGAUAACGUGAUCCACUACCAGAACCCAGCUCAGCAUUCCCGAUAACGUGAUCCACUACCAGAACCCAGCUCAGCAUUCCCGAUAACGUGAGCCACUACCAGAACCCAGCUCAGCAUUCCCACUCACAUAUCAAUAUGGUGCAGCCGGCAACACGUUCACAUCCAAGGCUGCUACUGUAAUUCAGUCAAAUUCAAUACAUAAUAUUCAACAUGUUUUGCUUCCAGGCGUAUAUGGACAAUACAGAAUUUAAGUGCUAUAUUGUAUUUUUUUUAAAUGUAACUAGGCAAGUCAGUUAAGAACAAAUUCUUAUUUACAAUGACGGCCUACACCGGCUAAACCUGGACGACGCUGGGCCAAUCGUGCACCGCCCUAUGGGACUCCCAGUCACGGCCGGAUGUGAUGCAGCCUGGAUUCGAACCAGGGACUGCAGUGACACCUCUUGCACUGAGAGGCAGUGUCUGCGGUCGUCAAGUUAGGGGGACUUGACGACCGCAGUUUGGAGGACUUGACGACCGUAUUUAGGGGGACUUGACAACCGUAGUUUGGGGGACUUGACGACAAUAGUUUGCGGGACUUGACGACCGUAGUUUGGGGGACUUGACGAUCGUAGUUUGGGGGACUUGACGAUCGUAGUUAGGGGGACUUGACGACCGUAGUUUGGGGGACUUGACGACCGUAGUUAGGGGGACUUGACGACCGUAGUUUGGGGGACUUGACGACCUCAGUUUGGGGGACUUGACGACCUCAGUUUGGGGGACUUGACGACCUCAGUUUGGGGGACUUGACGACCUCAGUUUGGGGGACUUGACGACCGUAGUUUGGGGGACUUGACGACCGUAGUUAGGGGGACUUGACGACCUCAGUUUGGGGGACUUGACGACCGUAGUUAGGGGGACUUGACGACCGUAGUUUGGGGGACUUGACGACCUCAGUUUGGGGGACUUGACGACCGUAGUUAGGGGGACUUGACGACCGUAGUUUGGGGGACUUGACGACCUCAGUUUGGGGGACUUGACGACCGUAGUUUGGGGGAUUUGAUGACCGUAGUUUGGGGGACUUGACGACAGUAGUUAGGGGGACUUGACGACAAUAGUUAGCGGGACUUGACGACAGUAGUUAGGGGGACAUGACGACAGUAGUUAGGGGGACUUGAUGACCGUAGUUAGGGGGACUUGACGACCGUAGUUAGGGAGACUUGACGACCGUAGUUUGGGGGACUUGACGACCGCAGUUUGGGGGACUUGACGACCGUAGUUAGGGGGACUUGACGACCGUAGUUUGGGGGUCUUAGUGCUAUGUAAUGGCACCGCUGCAUUGUUAUGUGUGCGACCUGCUGGUGAACUCUAUGGGGAGGGACCUAGAACUGUUCAGAUGGUCUGGUGGUAGUCCCCCCCCCCCGAAGGGGAGGGACCUAGAACUGUUCAGAUGGUCUGGUGGUAGUCCCCCCCCCGAAGGGAAGGGACCUAGAACUGUUCAGAUGGUCUGGUGGUAGUCCCCCCCCCCCGAAGGGAAGGGACCUAGAACUGUUCAGAUGGUCUGGUGGUUGUCCCCCCCGAAGGGGAGGGACCUAGAACUGUUCAGAUGGUCUGGUGGUAGUCCCCCCCGAAGGGGAGGGACCUAGAACUGUUCAGAUGGUCUGGUGGUAGUCCCCCCCCCGAAGGGGAGGGACCUAGAACUGUUCAGAUGGUCUGGUGGUAGUCCCCCCCGAAGGGAGGGACCUAGAACUGUUCAGAUGGUCUGGUGGUAGUCCCCCCCAAAGGGGAGGGACCUAGAACUGUUCAGAUGGUCUGGUGGUUGUCCCCCCCACCAAAGGGGAGGGACCUAGAACUGUUCAGAUGGUCUGGUGGUAGUCCCCCCCCCGAAGGGAAGGGACCUAGAACUGUUCAGAUGGUCUGGUGGUAGUCCCCCCCGAAGGGGAGGGACCUAGAACUGUUCAGAUGGUCUGGUGGUAGUCCCCCCCGAAGGGGAGGGACCUAGAACUGUUCAGAUGGUCUGGUGGUUGUCCCCCCCGAAGGGGAGGGACCUAGAACUGUUCAGAUGGUCUGGUGGUAGUCCCCCCCGAAGGGGAGGGACCUAGAACUGUUCAGAUGGUCUGGUGGUUGUCCCCCCCGAAGGGGAGGGACCUAGAACUGUUCAGAUGGUCUGGUGGUAGUCCCCCCCGAAGGCGAGGGACCUAGAACUGUUCAGAUGGUCUGGUGGUUGUCCCCCCCGAAGGGGAGGGACCUAGAACUGUUCAGAUGGUCUGGUGGUAGUCCCCCCCGAAGGGGAGGGACCUAGAACUGUUCAGAUGGUCUGGUGGUUGUCCCCCCCGAAGGGGAGGGACCUAGAACUGUUCAGAUGGUCUGGUGGUAGUCCCCCCCGGAGGGGAGGGACCUAGAACUGUUCAGAUGGUCUGGUGGUUGUCCCCCCCGAAGGGGAGGGACCUAGAACUGUUCAGAUGGUCUGGUGGUAGUCCCCCCCGGAGGGGAGGGACCUAGAACUGUUCAGAUGGUCUGGUGGUAGUCCCCCCCGAAGGGGAGGGACCUAGAACUGUUCAGAUGGUCUGGUGGUAGCCCCCCCCCCGAAGGGGAGGGACCUAGAACUGUUCAGAUGGUCUGGUGGUAGUCCCCCCCGGAGGCUGAAUCGACAAUAGGUUAUUAUUGAAAUAGCAUUUUGUAUUUAGAAAAUGCUGUACUUCCUGUCUAGCGUGGUCAAUUUGGUGACACCGCCCGUCUCCCUAUGACAGAGACCGACAGCAGGUACAUGUGGCAAUUCAAAUGGUAUUUUUCAAGAGUAUUCCUCAGCCCGUUGUACAUGACAUUUUCCUAUCGAGUCUAAUUGGAUGUCGUUCUUCAUUGUUCUCAGCGAGAUCCUCAGUGUAACCGGUGAGUCACAGCAGACUUGUUCACAUAUCAGAGGCUCGCGCCCAAGUCGUUUCCUCUUUAUUUCUUAACAUUUUAUGCUGAUUUCUGUUGUCUGGCUGAGUUUUGAAGAGUCUGUGAUAUUUUGUACAAAGUGAUGUACUUGAGACAUAAUACUUUAUAUUUCUGUGAAUAAAACAUGUGAGCAAACUGUUACAA